AGACAUCCUUGGACGGGGUUUAUCGUCUCUCAUCAUUGCAAGUUAAAAAAAAAAAAAUCCUCCAAAGAGAUAAAAUUGCGUUCCAUUUAAAGAGCUCAGACUUGUUGAGAGUCUGUCCACAAACCUCACCUCCUCCACCGCGCGGCGCACAGUGAUAAGGCGCCUGCAUAUGGACGCCUCCCAAAGGUAAUUUUGUGAUUAUUCGCUUCCCUUAUCAGGUAAACAGGUGUGCAGCUGGUCUGCGGUUUGUAAAUGUGCGGCGCCGCUGCAGGAACAACCAUUUGCAUGUGGCAGACGGCGGUCUGUGGGCCGACUGGGCCGUCACGCAGCGCUGAUGGACGUACAGUAAAGUAGCCGGACGCUCACAACAAGGAAAAAAUCCUGCCCGGCCAGAGUCCAUGCAAAUUGAGCCUCACCACUUACCUGAGGUCGGAAAGGAUGCAAAUUAGAUGCUUUGAUAUAAAUCCUUGCGAGGGAAUUUCUGACUCAAAGGGCUUCACCUUUGACAGGAGAAUGCUUCACUUGCAGAUAAAACUACUAAUUUAAAAACUUUUAGAGUUAAAAGAAGUGGGAAACAAUUCAUCUGGAGCUUCAUUUCAGGUAAUAAAUAAAUAAAUUAGCAAACAUCCAUUGCCUUAUUGAAGCUCGAUUUGCAUGUUACUGUCUAAAUUUCAGAUUAAACCGUAAUGGAAGAGUUUAUCUAAACCUAUUUGGGUUUGUUUUCUGUAUUUCAAAAGCCAAAUAUGUUUUGUCCCGAGGCGCCCUCUCUGACAGUGACUGUGACCAAUUUUAUUCUGUCACACCAGUGAUGAAUCGUCUGGUUUGAAGUGUGUGAACCUAAUCACUAUUUUUUUUUUUUUGCCUCCUUGUCAUCUCUCUGAACGCAGCGAAAUCGAGCCGCCGCAGAGUUUUCCCCCACCCAAACCCAAACAAAGACGCCUGACGCGGCGUUAUUGAAUUACUCUCAGGAGUUUACGGCUCCGAUGCGUUCUGUGCCGAGAUUCCCGACCCGUUCGGAAUGAGCAAAUUGGCCCUGUGGGUGCUGACGGGCCUGACGGCUGUCACCACCGUCUUCUUUAACGUCUACAUCUUUCUGAUGACUCUGUGGAACCAGACGGGGAAGAAGGACAGGAGUCCCAGCGAAACCAUCAUCAUGGCUCUGGCGGCGGCCGACGUCGCCUACCAGCUGAUGUGCUACGCCUGGAUGACCAUGGACCAGGUGGACAGCGACUGCCAAAUGGUGGGGAUCUUCUACACCAUCCUGCUGGUGCUCAUCUCCAGCUUCAAGUUCACCAUCAUCUGGGACACGAGCUUCCUCACGUUCUACUACAGCACCAAGCUGGUCAGCACGCCCAACCACUGCUACACCCAGAUCCAAGCCGCCAUCCUCAAGCACGCCACCCUGGCGGUUUUCGUCAUCCCGCUGCUCGGCCUCGCCACCUGCACGCCGAUCCUGGUGGUGUUCCAAUUGGACAACCGCACCCAAUGGGAAACCAACGACAUGGACUGCGGGAUUCUGCUGCCGGAGUCUACCGUCGGACGGGCCUACGACGUGAUCUUCCUGCUGCUGUCGGACGUGCUGCCCGGGAUGGUCAUGCUGAAGUGCUGCAUCUCGAUCUCCGUCCACCUGGCCGUCCACCUGCGCCACAUGAAGGCCAGCACCAACGGCGCCCACCCGCCGAAGCUCGGCUCGGAGAUGAGAGUGGUCCAGAUGUCCUUGGCCCUGGCGGGGAACUUCCUGAUCUUCCUCGCCGUCGACCUGUACGUCAACUACGAGGUCGUGGUGAAACACGAGAACUCUCUGGCCAUCGCGCUCUUCAUCACGUCCGUCUACGCGACCGUCACGGCCAUGCUCCUCAUCUACGGCAAGAAGACUCUGUGGAAGACGAUGAUACGCGACAUCAACACCUGCCUGGACGCAUAUCCAUGUUUGUCCUGCCUGAAGCUGCCCGAGCAAAAGGCUCCACCCGGCAGUCCUCCGAAGGUUAAAAAAUGAGAAUGCAGACGUUAUGCCACCUUUCUUGUACUUCUGUCACGUUACAAAGUAACAAAUAACUACAAUUAUAGACAGACAAGUAAAUUUGCA